CUACCGUGCGUGUCACAGAACUACCACGUUGACUGUCAUACGAUUGACGCUCGUUCUUUUUGUAAAAAAAAACAACAACGCUUCUUCAUGGAGUGAUAUCGAGUUUUUUUCAUAAAAAAGCCUGUCGUUCGAUGACGUUUUACGGGGGAAAGGACAGUAAAUUAAGAGGAGAAACGAAUGUUGUCGGUUUUUGGAAUUUUUGAAAUUGUUAUCAUCCACGUGGGUGAUAAGUAAGUAGACGACAAAGCUGCAACGUCAUGAACGUGACAUUAUUGCGUCGUAAAAUAGAUACGUUGUUUACGAAGGAUCGCGCGAAUCUCAUUAUCGCGAGCUAAUUAUUCCAGAUAUCUAGAUCGACGGUCGAUAAGAGUCUUCAAUCAUCCCCGGUCCCUGGUCCCAGAAAAAUGGACGCAAAAACUGGCAAAAACUUAUCCAGAGCUGGCUGGGGCUGGCUAUCGUCAAUAAUAUCUCAGUCAACGAUCUGGGUCUGAUUUAAAUAAAUCGUAUGUAGCAACAAACUGUACAUGGAAUCAAGAUGAAUUGGUGGUCCGUAACUCUUUGAUAUGUAGUAAAGAAGCUGCUGCUUUGGUUGUAGCCGCGCUGAUUUCAUUCUUAAAACGAAAUAGACACAUAACCAGGCGUUGAAGAAAAAAGGAAGACGGAUAAAAAGAAAAUUUGGAGAAAGCGGUCCUCGCGACGGAUACAGAAGUAAUUAAGGCGCUUCCGCUUGUCGAGGAGAAGUCACAUUGAUAAACGCAUUGGCCAGACUUGAUUUAAGGAGAAUCUAAUUUGCCCGUUUAGAUCAGAGCUGGCACCAUGGCUCUUCGUUCGGUAAACACCGGCGAUGGCAACUUAGAUAGUAAGAUCGUCGAAUGGCUGCAGUGGAACAAGGAUCCAAAAGCAGAAGAUGAGUUAUUUGAAUACUUGGACAAAGGACAGAUUAAAGUAUUGUCCAAGUUGUUCUUCAAGAGACUUGAAUUUGGAACUGCGGGUCUCAGAGGUCGUAUGGGACCAGGGUACAGCCAGAUGAAUGAUUUAGUCAUCGUGCAAACUGGUCAGGGAUUAACGAGAUAUUUGAUCGACACGAUAUUUGAUGUCACGCAGAAGGGUGUUGUGAUAGGAUACGACGGCCGUUACAACAGUAAAAGGUUUGCAGAAUUAACUGCUGCAAUUCUCAUAGCCAGUGGCAUUAAGGUUUAUUUAUUUUCCAAAAUCUGCCCCACGCCAUUCAUACCUUACACUAUCUUGAAGUAUAAGUGUGCGGCUGGGAUCAUGGUGACCGCCUCCCACAAUCCUAAAGACGACAAUGGCUACAAAGUUUACUGGGAGAAUGGGGCGCAAAUUAUUCCACCGCACGAUAAGAAGAUCCAAAGCUAUAUUCUUAAUAAUCUUAAACCGCUUGAAUCCUCGUGGGACGUGAGCCAGAUCUACGAAAGCUCCUACUACACAGAUCCGAGAGAUGAUAUUAUGCAGCAUUAUUACCGGGACUUGAAGGAUAACGUUCUAUAUCCUGAAGUUAAUAGAAAUACCACAUUAAAAUUUACAUACACUGCCAUGCACGGCGUCGGGCAUGACUAUAUGACUGCUGCAUUUGAAGCAGCGAACUUUAAGCCGUUUAUAACGGUGGAGGAGCAAAAGCUUCCAGAUCCAGAAUUUCCUACAGUGAAAUUCCCGAAUCCAGAGGAAGGAAAAAGCGCUCUGGAUCUCAGCAUAAAGCUAGCGAAUAAAAGCGAUUCGGUUAUAAUACUCGCUAACGAUCCUGAUGCCGAUAGACUCGCGUGCGCAACGAAGACAGAGAGCGGAGAAUGGCAUGUCUUCUCUGGAAACGAACUUGGCGCGUUAUUGGGUUGGUGGAUGAUUCAUACUUAUCAAGUGUUGCAUCCUGAUGUUGAUAUGAGUGAAACAUAUAUGUUAGCAUCUACCGUUUCCAGCAAGAUCUUAGCUUCAAUGGGUAGGAAAGAAGGUUUUAAUUUCGAGGAAACUUUAACGGGCUUUAAAUGGAUGGGCAACAAAGCUAUAGAAUUAAUGAAGGCCAACAAGGAUGUCUUGUUCGCGUAUGAAGAAGCUAUAGGUUUUAUGUGUGGUUCUAAGGUCCUGGAUAAGGAUGGUAUUAGCGCUGGUGUACGUGUAGCGGAAUUAGCAGCUUAUCUUGAAACGAUAGGAUUGACUUUAUCUGAUAAGUUGGAGGAGAUAUACGAAGAAUACGGCCAUCAUAUCAAUGAUAAUUCCUAUUGGAUAUGUCAUGACCCAGAUACCAUUAAGGCGAUAUUUGAACGACUGAGGAAUUAUUCGGGCAAACCGGAUACAUACCCAACCGGAAUUCUUAAAGGAAAAUAUAUAAUCACUGGCAUUCGAGACUUAACAACUGGAUAUGACAAUACAAAACCCGAUAACAAAGCUGUUCUGCCUGUGUCAAAAUCCAGCCAAAUGAUCACGUUCACGUUCAAAAAUGGAUUAGUCACUACUUUGAGAACUAGUGGUACAGAGCCCAAAAUAAAAUACUACAAUGAAUUAUGUGGAUCGCCUGGAGAGGACUUAAACAAAUUGAAAGGCAUUCUCAGCGAAAUGGUAUCGGCCAUUGUAACAGAAUUUCUUCAACCAGAAGUUAAUGGACUUAUCGCUCGUGAAGAAUAAAUUACGAUAAUUACACGUAUAUGCGUUUUUGUUUAGCGAUCAACUUAUUUGCAUCAUCAGUACAUUAUAAAAUUUAUUUUUACAAAUACUUCGCAGUAAAAUGGCUCCAAGUUUGCCCAAUUAAUUUUAUUCGAGCGUUGUAUAUUUGUUACAUUACUGAGUUUCUAAUUUGCAAUGCAUUAUAUAUAUUAUAUAUAAUUUAAUUAUAUUAUGAAAUGAUAGUGAUGUUUCUAUUGUAAGUCUACAAAACAAUAGAAAAAAUGGCUGUGUACUUCUAUAUAUGUAUAUUAUAUAUUGUUUUGUUCCUUGUUAAAAUUGCCGAGGGGAAGUUAGUUACAUGCAUUUACAUGCCUUUCCUGCUUCUACAAUUAACACAUCGAAACGUAAUGUAAGAAACGCAUAUAACAUCCUGCAGUUCCAUAACUUAAGAAUUAAGAAUUAAUUAAACCAAGAACAUGCGAUGACUUUGCGAUGAUUGAUUGAAAUUGUUCAACAUUGUAUGGAAGGGUUCAUUUAUUGGGAAUUAUUAAAAUUAAAAACAUAGUUUAGCUGGAAAUAUUUAUCGACAAUAAUGUAAAACAUUAUUUGUAUAAGAAUGCAUUAUGUGAAAUUCGAGAAUAAUUUGCGUCCUGUUGCAAGUUAUUCCUUUUAGCAAAUAUAUGAUUUUAUAUUUAUGUCAUCUA